GCGGGGGCGGGGGCGGGGGCGGGGCGUCGGGCCAGCUGAGCUAUCCCGUGUGACCGCGCCAGUUUGAAUGCAAGCUCCUUAAGAUGGCGGCGGCCGGGGCCGAGGCGCGACGAGCUUGGUGUGUGCCUUGCCUAGUUUCACUUGAUACUCUUCAGGAAUUAUGUAGAAAAGAAAAACUCACAUGUAAAUCGAUUGGAAUCACCAAAAGGAAUCUAAACAAUUAUGAGGUGGAAUACUUGUGUGACUACAAGGUAGUAAAGGAUAUGGAAUAUUAUCUUGUAAAAUGGAAAGGAUGGCCAGAUUCUACAAAUACUUGGGAACCUUUGCAAAAUCUCAAGUGCCCAUUACUACUUCAGCAGUUCUCUAAUGACAAGCAUAAUUAUUUAUCUCAGGUAAAGAAAGGCAAAGCAAUAUCUCUAAAAGACAAUAACAAAGCUCUGAAACCUGCCAUUGCUGAAUACAUUGUAAAGAAGGCUAAACAGAGGAUAGCUCUGCAGAGAUGGCAAGAUGAACUCAACAGAAGAAAGAAUCAUAAAGGAAUGAUUUUUGUUGAAAAUACUGUUGACUUAGAGGGCCCACCUUCAGACUUCUACUAUAUUAAUGAAUACAAACCAGCUCCUGGAAUCAGCUUAGUCAAUGAAGCUACCUUUGGUUGUUCAUGUACAGAUUGCUUCUUUGAGAAAUGUUGUCCUGCUGAAGCUGGAGUUCUUUUGGCUUAUAAUAAAAACCAGCAAAUUAAAAUCCCACCUGGUACCCCCAUUUAUGAAUGCAACUCGAGGUGUCAAUGUGGACCCGAUUGUCCCAAUAGGAUUGUACAAAAAGGCACCCAGUAUUCACUUUGCAUCUUUCGAACUAGUAAUGGCUGUGGCUGGGGUGUAAAAACCCUUGUGAAGAUUAAAAGAAUGAGUUUUGUCAUGGAAUAUGUUGGAGAGGUAAUCACAAGCGAAGAAGCUGAAAGACGGGGACAAUUAUAUGACAACAAGGGAAUCACAUAUCUCUUUGAUCUGGAUUAUGAAUCUGAUGAAUUCACAGUGGAUGCAGCCCGAUAUGGAAAUGUCUCUCAUUUUGUUAAUCACAGUUGUGACCCAAAUCUUCAGGUGUUCAAUGUUUUCAUUGACAACCUUGAUACCCGUCUUCCCCGAAUAGCAUUAUUUUCCACAAGAACUAUAAAUGCUGGAGAAGAGCUCACUUUUGAUUAUCAAAUGAAAGGUUCUGGAGAUAUAUCUUCAGAUUCUGUUGACCACAGCCCAGCCAAAAAGAGGGUCAGAACUGUGUGCAAGUGUGGAGCUGUGACUUGCAGAGGUUACCUCAACUGAAUUUUCAGGAAAUAGAGCUGACAAUUGUAGUUUUGUUUUUUUUUAAUGUUAACAUUUCAAAAAAGUAUUUGGGACUCUUUUCAGAUUGUCAAGAUUAUAUGCUAUGUUAAUUACAGUUCAUGUUUCAAACUAUUGGCCAAAUGUAUUAGUGAUGCUUCUGAAGAGAAGAACACAGGGUCACAUAGACUAAUUUGAGAUAUACAUAUUUAGUGAUUAGAUACUAAACAUGAAGGGAAAACUAUUUAUAGAUGAGCAUAUGCAUACAUAAAAAGACUAGAGAAAAAUGCCUCCUUCAGUGUUUAAGCAAACUAGUAGUGUAAGUCACUAAGAUCAAAUAUUCAACCUGCCAUACACCUUGAAUUUAGAGAGUUAAUUCAAUUUGGGCAAAUAUAUACAAGUGCUAUUUCUGUUAUGUUGUCAUUCCCAUUAUUACUCACUGUACUUGUAUUUGAGACAAACAGGUGAUACUGAAUUAUUCUAUUUUCCUACUUUCAUCAAAAUACUGGAUUUUAAUGAUAAAUUUAAGGUCUAAAUUAAAUAUAAAAGUUUAAAUACAGUUUGAUUUCAUAUUUUGAAACAAUCUAGACUGUUCUGAGGCAUGUAUAUCUGAACCAGUAAUUCUUAAAGAUUUUUAAUCCCUUAAAGGAAUAAUUUCCAAAAAAAGCUCUAAAAUUCUAGAAUGGCUGCCCAUUAUGCUGCUUUGAAGGAUGGGGGCAGUGGGACCAGGAGAGUUUUGGGGAGUGCCAGGCAGAGGAAAUGGAGCACUUUAAGGGCCCCUCUUAGUAACGUAAAUUAAGAGAUCCAUGUUGAGUACUUCUGGUCUAAACAUAAAUAAUAAAACAAGAUAGCCCUGAGUGCAGUUGUACCUAACAAUAAUGUUUCAUAUGAUACAUCUUCUGAAUUUCAGGCAGUUUUAACAUUUCCACCAAACUUAAUUAUUUUUAUAUUUUCUGCAGUCUCUUAAAAUAAUCUAUAUUUUGAACUGAUACUUAUUUUUUAUACAUGAAUUUUUAAAAUAUGAUAAAGCUAAAACUUGGGUUGGACAAAGUGUGUACCUGAGUUAUGAGAACUUUUUUUACUUGAACCAUGAAGACUGAAAUGGAAUAUAUUCCUUGUUUGGUUUUUGUUUUGUUUUCCUGCAUAGUAAAACAUCAAUCAGGAAAAAAUGUGUUUUCAUUUCUGUGAUUGUGGGAUUUGUAAUCAUGGUGUCCAGCAUGAAGGUAAACGCAGCAAGUAAAUCUGGCUUUCAGUAUUCCUAAUUAAAUUAUACCUAAGCUCAUUGCCCUGUUGCUUUAAUGACCCUAAAAUAAGUGGGUAAAAUUGAAUGGACCUCAAAUGCAGCACUUCCAAUAUCUUCUAAAUUCUUAACCUCUUUUUUGGGAGAAGCUGUGUUUCUUUAUGCAUUAUAUUUUUAUAGCUACCACAUGAUUUUGCUCUUUUAUAAUAUACGGUAAAUUUUUUUUACAUGUUUGGAGUCUCAGUGUAUUAACCAAAAUCUGCAGAAGGUGUCAAGGAAAAAUACAUUUUUUUUUUUAGUGCCAUUUCUUAGUGUUUUUUUAAUGAGAAAUUAGUCACAUGGUUUCAGUGGUGAGAACAUCACAGAUUUAUAAUGCUCCAAUGGCCAAGCUUACUUUGAAUUAUAAUUCUUCAACAGGUUUAAAGAUAUAAUUUUAAUAUUCUUCUUAAAAAGUCAGUUGUACUAUCCAGUUAAUCUUGUCUACUUUUUGUGGUUAAAAAAAAUGUAAAACAGGAGGGCAAAGGGAAAAUGGCUAUUUUCAGUAAAUUUGUUUCAUUUUGUCUUUAUUACUAGAAAUUUAAUGGAUCUUUGAGAUUUUAAUGACCUGUUACCCUUACUUUAUUAAAAAGUUGGACUUAGUAAACUAGAAACCCUCUACAUGAAACUGUUAGAAGCUUUUAACUAUUUUGUCAACAUUUAGCUUCUUUAGUUUUGUCAGAAUUUGUCCCUUCAGUAUAAGUAUAGCCAAAAUUCAAGGGUAAUAUUUAGAUCAAGUUUAAACUGUAAAUUAAUCCAGUCUGAGUUUUACUAAUACCGUUGUUUUCAGUAUCUAUAUAAGGAUCGCGAUACACAAUUGGUAAUCUCAGGGUCUUUUCCCUCUAUGUGCAAAAUCUAGACUGCACUUAUUUUUCUUACAGUUCACUUUUCUUUAGCCAAAUAAAUUUAGUUUGGCAUUUGAUUUUCUAUUUAUUGUAGGUUAGCUUUGUUUCUGAAUAUUUUACUGUCUUUUCCAGUAAGGCUACAAAAGGGCCAAAAACACCAGUAUAUUCCUGCCUACUUCUUUUGAAAUUAACCAGAGGUUUUUAUACUAUUCCCUUAAAUGUUAUUUGCCUUUUAAGAAGUUUGUCAGUCAUGGUUGAUCCAUUUAAAUAUUAGAGUAGAAUUUUACAUAGCAUAAAAUGGAUAUGGAUAGAUACUUGUAAAAUUUUUUGAGUAUUAUUAGUCACCAGGAAAUUUAACAUAAAGCUUCCAUUCUUUGAGCAAG